AUGGAUCUUAACCAGGAGCAGUUUACAACAUCCACUGAUACAAUUAUGGCCAACAAGAAAAAGGAGCUUCUUUCCAUUGCCAUGAAGAGGACUAACGAAUGGAUCUUUUCCCAAGAAAUCCCGAGUGAUGUAACUGUUAAUGCUGGAGGAACUUCCUUUUCUUUGCACAAGUUCCCCUUGAUUUCAAAAUGUGGAUACUUAAGGAAGUUCGUGUUGGAAUCCGAUGAUUCUGAUCUUUCUGUCGUUGAAAUCCCUGAUAUUCCUGGAGGGGCAGAUGCAUUUGAACUUGCAGCAAAAUUUUGCUAUGGAAUAAAUUUCGAAAUUACUACAGACAACGUUGCCAUGCUUAGAUGUGUAGCAGAGUAUCUUCAGAUGACGGAGGAUUAUGCUGUUGAAAAUUUAGUUGGCAGAACUGAGGCAUAUGUGAACGAAGUCGCGUUAAAAAGUCUUUCAGGGGCAGUGUCCGUUUUGCAUUCUUCUGAAAACCUUCUUCCUAUAGCCGAAGAAGUGAAAUUGGUAAGCCGGUGUAUAGACACAAUAGCGUUUGUCGCCUGGAAGGAUAGCGAAUUUUGCACCCCGAGGAGGGCAGAGGGCGGCAUAAAUGAUUUAAUUUCAUCAACUGCUCCCAACGCAAAGCCCCUUGUUGAUUGGUGGGCUGAAGAUUUAACAGUCCUUCGAAUUGAUUUCUUCCAAAGGGUUCUAAUUGCAAUGACUGUAAGGGGAUACAAACAAUAUGCUCUUGGUCCAUCAUUAAUGCUUUAUGCACAGAAAUCUCUUCGUGGCUUGGAAAUAUUUGGAAAGGGUAGGAAAAAAAUCGAGCCAAGACAAGAACACGAGAAGAGGGUUGUUUUAGAAACAAUAGUUAGUCUUCUGCCACAAGAGAAGAACUCGAUGUCAGUUAGCUUUCUCUCCAUGCUUCUUCGAGCUGCAAUAUAUCUAGAAACGACUGUUGCGUGCAGGCUUGACUUGGAGAAGAGGAUGGCUUCGCAACUUGGACAGGCCGUGUUAGAUGAUCUAUUAAUUCCUUCUUAUUCCUUCACAGGGGAAACAUUGUUUGAUGUUGAAACUGUGCAACGAAUCAUGAUGAAUUACAUUGAGUAUGAAAUGGAGGGUACUAAAUUUGGCUGUGAUGCAGAUGAAGAGUAUAUUUCCCCUUCACCAACUGGCAAGGAGCGAGUGACGAGGUUAAUGGAGAAUUACCUUGUUGAAAUAUCUUCUGAUCGCAAUUUAUCUGUUUCAAAGUUCAUCGAUCUAGCAGAACUUAUCCCCGAACAGUUUAGAAUAACAGAAGAUGGAAUGUAUAGGGCCAUUGAUAUCUUCUUGAAGGCUCAUCCUGCAUUGAGUGACAUGGAGAGAAAGAAAGUUUGCAGCGUGAUGGACUGUCAAAAGCUCUCCCGGGAAGCCUGUGCCCACGCUGCACAGAACGACAGACUCCCUGUCCAAACCGUUGUUCAGGUGCUUUACUACGAACAACAGCGCAUACGGGAAGUUAUGGAUAGCAGUCUCAGUGAUUCCCCUGCACUUCCGGACAAAGUGAAUCAGAACACCAUUGACAUCCAUCCAGUAUCGGACGAGCUCUCAAAUCUACGCAGAGAAAACCAGGACCUGAAACUAGAGUUGGUGAAAAUGAAAAUGAGAUUGAAAGAACUGGAGAAAUCUGCUGAUAAAUCAGCCGUUAAUAGUCCCUUAGGAAUCACUCAUCAAUCAUCUGGAAAACCUCCUUUGCCUCGAAAAUCAUUGAUGAGCUCUGUUUCGAAGACACUUGGCAAGAUUCUUCGAGCUGAUGCCAUUAUGCCGCAGAACAACAAAGUACAAGCCAUGACAGUUUGCAACAGUGGGGAAUCAGUAGAUACUGAUCUAGGACAGAUUGAGAUCUGGAAGAUCAGCCCAGAACUUAAUGCCAACUUUUCGAUGGCCAUGACUAAGGGUGCAAAUCUGGAUCGGGCCACCCAAGCCCAAGGCGGCCAGGCAUGGACCACGCUGAGCUUUUGGACAUUGCAGACCGUUUUACACCUCUAA